AAACUGUCAAACUAAUUGCAAACGUACCUAUUCUAUGAAACACAUAAAACUGGCGUGAAUACUUUAAUUUCCAAGUUAUUUUGAUUUCAGUGUAAUCAGUUUUAAAAUAUCAACCAUCAAAAAUGGCUAUGCGUGAUUAUGCAGCCGAUAAAGAAUCGUUUAAGAAUUUCUUUGUGGAUUUUUGUCAAACUGAUGAUGAAGGAAACAAGUGUUUUAAAUAUGCGUCUCAACUUACAAGGGUUGCUCAUAGAGAACAGAUUGCUUUUGUUGUGGAAUUGGAUGAUUUACAUGAAGCAAAUGAAGAGUUAGCAGAGGCAGUUAAACAGAAUACCCGCCGCUAUACAAACAUGGUAUCUGAUGUUGUUUAUGAAAUGUUGCCAGAUUACAAGCACAGAGAGGUUACAGCAAAAGAUGCCCUAGAUGUGUAUAUCGAACACAGAAUUAUGUUGGAAGCAAGAAAUCAUAGGAUUCCUGGAGAAAUGAGGGACCCUAGGAACAGAUAUCCACCUGAACUCAUCAGACGAUUUGAAGUCUAUUUUAAGGAUAUGUCUUCUUCAAAAUCAGUACCAAUUAGAGAAGUGAAAGCGGAACAUAUUGGCAAGUUAGUUACAGUAAGAGGUAUAGUGACCCGCUGCACCGACGUCAAACCUCUUCUCGUGGUGGCUACGUAUUCUUGUAGUGCGUGUGGAGCGGAAACAUAUCAACCGGUGCGAGCGUUACAGUUCACACCGCCGCCUGCGUGCUCGGCAGACGAAUGCCGUAUAAACAAAGCUGCAGGACAACUGCACCUUCAAACGAGAGGAUCGCGCUUCCAGAAGUUCCAAGAGCUUAAGAUUCAAGAACAUUCAGACCAAGUGCCUGUAGGGCACAUUCCUCGUCAGUUAUCCGUGUAUUGUCGCGGAGAGACGACCCGUCGGGCUCAGCCUGGCGACCAUGUGGCCGUUACUGGAGUGUUCCUGCCCUUGCUCAACGCUGGUUUCAAACAAGUCGUUCAGGGAUUAUUAUCUGAUACAUACUUGGAAGCACACGUUGUGACCUGCUUGAAUCAAAGUGACGAGAGUGAGAUGGCUGAUGCGUUGACUGAAGAGGAACUCGCCGAGUUGGCCGAGGAAGAUUUAUACACGCGCAUGGCGUGCAGUCUAGCACCAGAGAUAUACGGACACGAGGAUGUUAAGAAAGCCCUUCUGUUAUUACUUGUAGGGGGCGUAGAUAAACGGCCCAACGGCAUGAAGAUCAGAGGCAACAUCAACAUAUGCCUGAUGGGUGACCCGGGAGUGGCCAAGUCCCAGCUAUUGAACUAUAUCGACCGGUUGGCGCCUCGUAGCCAGUACACCACCGGACGCGGCUCCUCCGGCGUCGGACUCACGGCCGCCGUACUCAAGGAUCCAUUCACCGGCGAGAUGAUGCUGGAGGGCGGGGCAUUGGUACUGGCGGAUCAGGGUGUGUGUUGCAUUGACGAGUUCGACAAGAUGGCCGAAUCCGACCGGACUGCCAUACACGAGGUCAUGGAACAACAGACCAUCAGCAUCGCAAAGGCUGGUAUUAUGACGUGUCUGAACGCACGUGUAUCGAUAUUGGCCGCGGCGAAUCCAGCGUACGGCCGCUACAAUCCAAAACGUACUAUCGAACAGAACAUACAGCUGCCGGCCGCGUUGCUUUCGCGAUUCGAUCUACUAUGGCUCAUACAGGACAAACCCAACAGGGACAAGGAUUUGGAGCUAGCGAAGCAUAUAGCUUACGUGCAUCAGCACUGCAGCCAGCCGCCCAGUUCGGUGCGCGCGCUGCCCAUGCGGCUAGUGCGCCGGUACGUGGCGCUCACACGCCGCAAGCAACCGGUCGUGCCGCGCGCCCUCUCCGACUAUAUAGUGUCUUCGUAUGUGGAAUUGCGGCGUGAAGCGAGGAACGCGCGCGACGUCACAUUCACAUCGGCUAGAAAUUUGCUGGCCAUCUUACGACUUUCUACGGCUUUAGCUAGAUUGAGGUUGUCCGAUGUCGUCGAAAAGGAAGACGUCUCGGAAGCUAUUCGUCUCGUAGAAAUGUCCAAGCAAUCACUUACACAUGUGGAGGAUAAUACGCAAAGGGGUAUUAGUGCUACUGACCGCAUUUUCGCUGUUAUUCGCGAUUUGGCCGGCUCCAACAAUACCGUCAAGAUAGCGGACGUUAUAGAGCGCUGUGUGGACAAAGGAUUUAAACCAGAUCAAGUGGACGCAUGUAUCGAGCAAUACGAAAACUUGAACGUAUGGCAAGUGAAUCAAGUUCGAACGAAAAUUACUUUCAUGUAAACACCAAUGAAUAAAUGAUUAUGUUACGUCAGCAUUAUCAAAUCACGUGACAUUUAAAGAAAAUGACUUGAUUGUAAUGUCAUAAAUGUGUGCCUGAAUAUUGUGGAGUAGAAAUGAACUGUUCAAUUUAUAGGAAUAUGUUUUUACUAUCAUUCCUAUAAAAUAAUCCUUUGACUGUUUUAGAAUUAAGUGAUUUAUUUUGGUAAAUAAAGACAUUUCAUAC